AUGCACGUAGGUACGCGAUACGUAUCCGAGGAGGAGGAGGAGGAGGAGGAGGAGGAGGAGGAGGAAAAGAUGGAAAGACAAAGGAGCAUAUUGGCACUGAUUGGAUUGAUUUUACUUCUCAACGAGUCGUCGAACGCCGAGAGCACCGAAGGCACGGCCAAUGACGACAACAGACGCUUGUUCUCUCACCACCAUCGAGAAAAGAGGCUACUCUGGAUAACAAACGACGGCCGAAUAGCUCUGCCACCGGGCACCGUCAUGACGAUAACUCCAACGCUGGCACUACCCUUUGUCAGAUACCCUCCCCGUGGUUUUCUAAGCAAUAUGACCAUUAGUCUUCCCUUUACCAUCGAUUUCGACAAACUUGGCCUAACGGACAACGAGAACCCGUACGGUGUUUUACCGUCAGCGUUUGACGCCACUGGCAGGGAGCAAGGAUCCAGCGUUGCAGAAUUUAUCGCGACGUUCGUGAAACGUGGAGUUAACAAGAGAGAGGCGAUCGCAGAUUUGCCAGAGAAUGCAGUUUACGGGGGUGAAAGAGCUCUUUUGUACAGCACUGCCGAGGAGAUGCUCGCAAAUUUCGGUUUAAACGGAAAGGCCUGUUUGUUGAGGGCAAUCUGCGAAGUGCAGGGCCAUCCUCUGAACAAUUUCGGUUUAAUCGGCGAAAUGCUCAAACUGUUUUUCACUGCUAGUAAAUCACCAUUCUCAAAUCUGUUAAAAGAAUACGUCGAAGCUGAAAACAGAGGAAAAUUUCAUGGAGAAUGUUGGCCUUACUUCAAAGAUUGUCCAAAAUCGUUAUUCCGUUUGUCAGAGAAUAAAUAUACAAAAGAUGCCUUUCACCAAGAUGUCGCUACUGCCGAGUCGGACGAGGUUGAACGAAAAAGAGAUCGACGUUUUCCUUCGAUCCCAUCGAUGGAUCGAACAACAACAACGACAACCAGUGAAACUCAAUUUUUUCAAAACUUGAAACGUACGAUUAUGUGAAUAAUAAAGUCGCUCCAAGUCACGUCUGGAUAAACGUAAUUUGUAUUAUUCCAAAUCGAAGAAAAUAACGAACCAAUCAACACACGCAUGUAUACACUAUUUACAUACGUGUACUGACUUUUGAAAUAUCUUUCCCUACUUGUCCUGAAAGUUUGAUCAAAGUCAAAUUUUCAUUAAUAUCGGCUUGUUGUUAAAAGCCUAAAAAUCUCCAAAAAUGCACAGUGGAAAAAAAUCUUUCUCGACUUGACGAAGAAUGAAAUAAUAAUUGCAUAAAGUAGUAAUUGCAUUUUACGCUUACGUACGUACAAU